AUGAAGGGUUUCACCCAUUUUGUUGUGCUUGCAAUGUUUGCUGUCUAUGCUCAAGGAUUUAUUUAUGAAAAGAAACCUGGAAAACAAAGUGAACUUUGCCAAAAAUACUUGGAGUUCACUCAAACCAUCGCGAAGGGUCUCUCGAUCCGAGAAAACUCGAAAGUGGUAUAUCCCCAGAAAAGUAGAAGAUAUCUGGCGUACUCCUGCGAUUCCAUCUAUGAGGCAUUUUUAAGUCUGGGUGAAAACAGUACCAUUUUCAAUUUCAAAAAGAAGAAGCUGACCGUUGUCUACAGGACUUGCUCAACUAUGGCCAAGCUCAAAAGUGGUGCUUACAAAGAAACCGAUGCAAACCUAAAGAACGUAAGUAGUGUUCAAAAUGUAGUCAAAAAACUUGUUUGCGCCCGUUGGUUAGGUGAUUGGCUCACAAGCAAGCUGCGCUUGUCAAGUAUGUAUGAGUUCACCUGA